GAAAGCAACUUGGGCAAUGAAUAUUCUGCUGUCGCUCUUGUUUCUCGGCUGCAUCUGCAGCUGCCUUGGGGAUGAUGAACACAUCACGGAGCUGCUGACGAAGAACACCGAGGAGCUGAGCGAAACCAAUGCUCUGUUGACCAGCAUCGACACCGUCGGUAAAAGAAUCGAAGCGAAUUUGAAAGAGCAGCGCGAAGCUCUCCAAGUCAUCGGUCUGGUCGAGCAGCUACUAGCCAAGCAGAAUAAUUUCCUGGAGGCCCAAGCCGAGGCAUUAUUGGAAACCUUCGCCAAUAGCUCCCGGCAGGGGCAUGAGUAUGCCAAGAAAACGGCAAAGGAGCUCCACGAUAUGGCUCUGCUCCAGGAGGGAACCAAGCACUUGAUCCUCCACCUGGAGGCCAAGCUUGACGCCUAUCAGAAGCACUUAAUCCAAAGUGCCCGCGGCAUCGACCGCAGCAUCGACGGCCUCACGAAGCUGGUUACGCGAACUGUCUUGCCCCAACUCAAUGGACUGCAGUGCUCAUUCGACAGUCUAGAAACUUCGCAAAUUAACAUUGAAGUGGAGCUGAAGAGCUUGUCCGGUGUGAAGGAGUUGAGCGAGGACUCCAACCACAAACUGGGCAUUCUGGAUCACCAACUCAAGCAUCUCAAUCGCACCCAGGAGGCUCGUCUCGAGGGUCUCACGAGUGCAGUGAGGCAUCUCAGGCCGUUAAACACGAGGCAAAUCGAAGGUGCUCUUCGCGAGCUGAUCAUUUCCCAGAAACGCAUCGAGCUGGAUUUGGAGGAAUGCGGCAAGCACUCCCACAACCCACAUCAUAUUCCUCCACCUAAAUCCGAUUCCCAAAGCUAUGCACCCACACCCCCUCAACACUCGCAUCACGCUCCUCAGCCUGAAUCCCACUCCCAAAGCUAUGUAGCCCCAGCCCCACACAACCCGCAUCAUGGCUCACAGCAGGAAUCCCAUCUCCACAGCUAUGGAAUCGCAGCUCCACAGCCGCACCAUCCCAACCAACAGUCGUACCAACAGACGAGGUCCAAGCCCGUAGAUCUUGUUCAGAUGUGGAGCAUUAAGGAUCCAGAGAAUCCUGGCGAACAUUCCGAGAACCAUCGCGUGAGCGCCUAUGCCGAGUCUCCGGAGCCCAGGGCAGAGCACGCCUCGUCGUCAAACCCAAGACAUUAUGAGAAGUCGGAGUCUCACCAGAACACUGGAGCCGCGUCUUCCCACUCGGUGUCCUGGCAACACCCUCUACCCUGGGAGGAGGUCUCUCCCUACCAUUCCGCUCCUAAUCCUAGUCAGCCGUGGAAACCAGCGUCUCCCCACCAACCUCUUCCCAGGCCCCAGCCCAAGCAGAAUCCAUGCGAGAAGGGACAUUCAGCUGGAUAUGCAUCGUCACCAGCUUCCCCACAAUCCUAUAAGCCUCAGAAGGGCUCUAAAUCUGGCUCUGGCUCUGUCCAUAAACAUAUAGCCCAGCCGGGCGACUCGUUCAGGAUCUGGUAUGGGGAUGAUUCCAUAAAAGAUGCUUACUAAAGAAUAUUGGAGCUUGAAAAACGGAUUUCUUCGAAUAGGAAAUUAGACCAAUGGAUACUGGUUACUUACUAGUACACAUUCGAUAUAUACCAUUCAUCUUUAAAUAAAAAAACAUUAACGCAA